GGCGCGGCAGAGGCCGGGAUGCGCGCGGCGUCCCGCGGCAGUCAGUCCGCCCGCCGCCGCGCCGAGCCGCCCGCGGGGCUGCCGUGCUGAGCCCGCGCCCGCCGCGCCUCCCGCCCCGCCUCCCGCGCCAUGGCGGCCCCCGGCACCGUCGCCUCCGUCAUGGCGAGUAAAACCAAGACCAAGAAGAAACACUUCGUGGCGCAAAAAGUGAAGUUGUUCCGGGCCAGCGACCCGCUGCUCAGCGUCCUCAUGUGGGGGGUGAACCACUCGAUCAAUGAACUGAGCCAUGUUCAAAUCCCUGUUAUGUUGAUGCCAGAUGAUUUCAAAGCAUACUCAAAGAUAAAGGUGGACAAUCACCUUUUCAACAAAGAAAACAUGCCAAGUCAUUUCAAAUUUAAGGAAUAUUGUCCAAUGGUUUUCCGUAAUCUAAGAGAGAGGUUUGGAAUUGAUGAUCAGGACUUCCAGAACUCAUUGACAAGAAGUGCACCUCUUGCCAAUGAUUCCCAAGCACGCAGUGGUGCCCGGUUUCAUACGUCUUAUGACAAAAGAUAUAUCAUCAAAACGAUAACAAGUGAAGAUGUAGCAGAAAUGCACAACAUACUGAAGAAAUACCAUCAGUUUAUUGUGGAGUGUCAUGGGAACACCCUUCUUCCCCAGUUUCUGGGCAUGUACCGGCUCACUGUCGAUGGAGUUGAAAUAUAUAUGAUUGUUACAAGGAAUGUGUUCAGCCAUCGUUUAUCUGUUUAUAGAAAAUACGAUCUAAAGGGCUCUACUGUGGCUCGAGAAGCCAGUGACAAAGAAAAGGCCAAAGAGCUGCCAACAUUCAAAGACAACGACUUUAUUAACGAUGGCCAAAAGAUUCAUAUUGAUGAAAAUAACAAAAGGAUGUUCCUUGAGAAACUCAAAAAGGACGUUGAGUUCCUUGCUCAGCUAAAACUCAUGGACUACAGCUUGCUAGUUGGAAUUCAUGAUGUUGAAAGAGCUGAACAGGAGGAAGUAGAGUGUGAAGAGAAUGAUGGAGAAGAUGAAGGUGAAAGCGACGGGACGCACCCUAUUGGGACUCCUCCAGACAGUCCAGGAAACACACUGAACAGCUCGCUGCCUUUGGCUCCUGGGGAAUUUGAUCCAGCUAUUGAUGUUUAUGGAAUAAAAUCUCAUGAAAGUGCACCUAGGAAGGAAGUAUAUUUUAUGGCCAUUAUUGACAUUCUUACUCAUUAUGAUGCAAAAAAGAAAGCUGCCCAUGCUGCAAAAACAGUAAAGCAUGGGGCCGGCGCAGAAAUUUCAACCGUUAAUCCCGAACAGUAUUCAAAGCGCUUCUUGGACUUUAUUGCCAACAUCUUGACGUAACCCCUCAUGUCACACCGGACAGACCCGAGACCUGGGGACAGCAGCAGUGACCACGAGGGUAGGGAAAAAGGAACUCAGAGAAGCGCUCAUCUUGCAGAAAGCAACCCCUUUGUUUACAUCUGCUGGCAAAGAUGACUGAAGUGGGGUGGAAUACUCGCUUUAACAGCUGCCUGAUAUUCCCAGCAUAGUUCUAGCUAUUUCUGACUCUUUUGUGUGUGCAAAACAAACAAACAAACAAACAAACGUUAAAUUAAAUAAAUAGAACAGCUUACUCAGAGUGCGCUGUGACGGCCCCACUCUGACGCUACCGGCUGAAACGGAGCAACUGAGCAAAGAGGUGUGGGGUGGGGGUGGGGAGAGUAAAUGCAUGUUAAAUCUACCAUAUCGAUAGCAAAUUGUAAACUGUGGAUCAGUUUAUUUUUUGAACUAAAAGAUACGUGACAGUAUUCAUGACGGUGGUGAUAAUAAUAAAAACCUUACUGCGAAUGUUACACUUACACCGUGCACACUGGCACUCCUUACAGACAGCGCUGCAGCAGUGAGCCCGUGGUGCCGGAGCUCUUCCCAUCAGGUUCUUGCAGUUUUUUGGGGGGGGUUGUUGGCUUUUUUCCCCCUCUCUCCCAUUUCUUCCGCACACCGCAUGGGGCAGUCCGGGCUCUCAGGCACCAGGAGCCGAUGUCUCCGACCUUACAAAGAGCUAACGUGUAAUUCAUGCCGUGUGUACAUUUUUGCUACCGUGAACUUACAUUAAGGGAAAACCUUGCUUGUUUCACUUUGUUACCCGAAGUUGUCGUUUGUUUUAUAUUCUUGCAGUAUAGGAACUAAUAACGUUACAAGUGGAAAAGAGCUUAUGUGAAGAAGCACAUAGUUCUGGGCAAUGGUAGCUGCGUCUCUACCCGCGAGAGACGUGCGCACGGAUAGAAACUCCAUUCUCUUGUAAUUUAACGGGAAUUUGAAGUUCAAAUGCUUACAUUGUACUGCUGAAAUGGCAGUAUUUUAUUAUAGAUGAUCCCUCUAAAAAUUAACCCCAGAUUUACUGUUUACAUGAUUAGGAAAGCAGGGAUAUUUCUGAAUUUUAGAGCUGUGUACAAUAUAUGACUUUUAAGUUUACAUGUAAAGUUAUGUUGCAGUACAGAUGAAGUACGUUCGUCACCCUCCAAGUGUAACGUGCAGCCAUGUACUACGGUGAAUGUCUCCCUCACGUCCCCGGCAGACUCCUACAAUAAAACGAGGAAGGAGAUUGCAGAGGGAUUUUUCCCAAGGAUGUCUUUUAUCACCGAAACGACCCGUCCUGCCGUGUACUCGGAUCUGAUUGUACAGUGCGUUGCCUGAAACUGUGCUGAUCAUGUUUAACUCGUUUAAAAUUGUUAAACAACGACAUUGUAUUUCUUCUCUUCUUGUAUUUCUCCCUGGAAGAUUCCAUGCUUGAAAGACAGAUUUACACAUGCUUAAAGUUUAUCUACUUAUACACUGUGCUAAAGCUGUGCCUUUGAAAUUUCUGUAUUGAAAUUGUUAGAUUUUGUAGGCAAUCUAAAGGAAGUCAAGCCCUCCCCGUUGUCAUUUCUAACAGAGAUCAGGAGUGCCAGCAUGCCUUCUCCAUUACUAACAUCAGUGCUACUCAGCCUGCACCUGUGCAUAACGUACGUUUUACUUCCGAGGAGCCUAUAGAUAGCAGCCCAUCACACUCUUUGGUGGCCAAAGGCAACGCUAUCCCUGUUGCUGUGUACUCAUUCUUUUCUCCUUUCCCCUGCCUUUCCUACGGGAUUUUUUGUUACGUUUGACUUAGUGAUGUCUGCAGCACUGUAAUGUAUGUGUAUACUUUUGUAUUGUAUGUAUUUAAAUAAGUUGGUACUGUGGCUUGGUAUUUUGUUGUCCUUUCCCCUAUUCCCCCAUUGUCUGCAUUUAUCACCGGAGUUUCAUUUCCUGUGGCUUCCUGAAGCGUGAGGCCGCAGCGAGACCCUGAACUCAAAAUGAGGUACACGUGGAGUAAAUGUUCAAUUGCGGCCAAUGAGUGUACAUUUUUAGACCAUUUUAGAAAUGUACCACUUUCUGUCUGUGUAGCAGUUUUGUCGCUCAUUACCGUUGAUAAACUGUUUAUUUGGACAGGGCAAGGAGGUCUCAUUAUUGUAUAUGUUAGUGCUUAGAUUACACUCCAACCAUGAGCAAGGCUUUAUAAAAUAAAGCACUUUGAUGACUCA